CAUUUCUUUCCCAACAUGCACUGCGAGUGAUCAACCCAUCAGACCUAAGGACACAGCUAUUAUAGCGGAAUUUCUCUGUGAAAGAGAUCCAGCAGCUUGAAGAUGUCUGACACUAUCGAGGAGAAGAUCAAGAACUACAGGACGGCUCCUUUCGAUGCCCGCUUCCCCAACACCAACCAGACCCGCAACUGUUACCAAAACUAUCUGGAUUACCACAGAUGUAACAAAGCUUUGUCUGCCAAAGACCAGGACACAGCUCCCUGCGACUGGUACCAGAGGGUCUACAAGAGCCUCUGCCCCAAUAGCUGGGUUCAGAAAUGGGACGAUCAGCUGGAGGGGGGAAGUUUCGCUGGAAAGAUCUGAACAUUCCUUUGUCUUCAUCUUAGUAUCUUAAUGUAAAAAUGCUUAAAUGCUCUUUAUGUAUAGAAGCGACUAAAUAAAUGAUUUAAUGUUA